UCAUACCAUGCCAAGCUUUGGUGGGGAACAACGUCCCCAGUGUGGGAACAGUGAUGUCUAUAGUUUACAUGGUGAAUUUGUGUUUUUGCUUACAAAAAUUAUAAUAAUAAUCAAAGAAAUUACAAAGUUUUAACGAAUUAAAAUGGUUAGUUGCUCAAUUUUGCACUGUGUUAGCGAUAAUCGGCAAAAACACGAAGACGUAACCUUUCACAGAUUUCCACGAAAUAAAACAACAUGUCAAAAGUGGACAGCGGCUACUGGAAGAAAAAAUUGGAAACCAGCUAAGAACAGCCGCAUAUGCUCCAAGCAUUUCGAACAGUUUCAUUUUCGCAAGACUCCGCGAAAAGUAUUCCUGUGGAAGUAUGCGAGCCCAACGUUGUUGACACCGGCACCGAUUCCCCCAGAACCCUGAAUUGCGCCAGAAAUGGCUGCGUGCAGUCGAUAGGAAAACCUGGACUCCCCAAAAAUACUCCGUCAUAUGUUCAAAACAUUUCGAACAAAAGUAUUUCAGGGGAAAAGUACGAACUAAACUCAGAAUCGACUCAAUUCCGACGUUGUUUGUACCUGUACUAUUUCCCACAUGACCCAGUCGUAAAAGAAAAAUGGAUUGCAGCCACGGGACGGAAAGACUGGUUCCCGACCAAACACAGUACUAUUUGUUCCGUUCAUUUUGAAAAUACCAGUUUCGUUGAAGGGAAAAAGUUGCGACUGUUGAAAAAAACGGCAUACCCCACUAUUAAUAUACUAAAACUCAUUGACAAUGAUGAUGAGGUAAAUACGGAUGAUACAGAGCCGGGUCCGUCGAAGAGGACUCGACAUGAUUCAAACAGCUCAACCGACUCGGAUUCUAAUGAGAAAAUCAUUGAGCAAUGUCGCUUCUGCGCAGAAUACAGCAACGACUGCAUGGAUACAUGCUACAUACCAUCCCUUAUGGAAAACAAGGCCUCCAUAAUCUUCAACGAUCUAAGUGUAAAACUGGACUUUACAGAUAAUAAUCUACCACAAACAGUUUGCCCUGACUGUAACAGUAAACUUCAAGAGAUAAUAAACUUCAUUACACAAGUAACAGAAGCGCAAAAGAAAUUCAAAGUUGAAGCUAAGAACAAUAGAAAAGUAUAUGAAUUCAAAAACGAAACAAUCAAAAAGAAACAGACAAAGAAAAAUAAACAAGCAAGUGAAAAACAUGAUAGCACCAGAGAUGCAAUUAAAAAAGAAACAAUUAUAAGAAACGAUGAUGAUGAUGAAGAUACCAGAGAUGCUUUUGAACAUAGAGAUAUUAAAGUAGAAUAUGAAUCACCAACGGAUCAAGAUAAUGUCAGAGAUACACAUAAAAUUAAAAUUGAACCAGAACCAGAUGAUAAUACAGAAAUAACAGAUUCGUUACCCGCCGAAGAACCUGUGCUCUUUAGAGGGUUGAAAAGAAAAAAUGAAGAUACAGCUGAAACGAAGAAAGCUAAAGUUAUUUGUAAAGAAGAAGUUACAUUUGAUAUGGAUAUAAAAGAAGAAGUAACAAAUGACGCAAAUGAAGAUUAUCCUGAAGUUCAAGUACAAUAUGACAGUGGGAUAGCUACAACUGAGAUUGGUACAACUGGGACUGUCACUACUGAGAAUGUUACACCUGGGACAAUUACGACUGGGAUUGGUACAACUGGAACUGAUUCAACUGGGAUUAGUGCGUCUAAUGCUUUAAAAUAUAUUACUAUUGAUGGAAGUACUGGAAGAUUUAGUGUUCAAUCUGGAAAUAAACGAAAGGAUACACAGUGA